GGUGGACAGAGUGUUAGUGUUCGUCGUGUCGUAGUCGAGUUUGAGCUGACUUUUUUGUUACUCAUCGCGUCGUCGACGGCUUUGGAGUUUCAUUUUUCCACACUCGGGGGACAUUUUUACGCUCUUCUUGCUGGAUAAACAGUGUCGCAUUGUGUUUUAUUCAGUAGCAGCAGAAACAGCAGCAGAAGAAGAGAGUAAAUGUGUUACAAAUUUGAAGACAGAAAGAAGAAUCAAAACAAACCAAGCCAGAUUCAACUGAUUGUGAAACCGAUUGUGUAUGUGGUAUUAGUGGAAAAGUCAUUCGGAAAAGGCUUCAUUUGUCAAGAGAUCUAUAACUGUGUGAAAAAGUCAGCGCAACGUUUGUGGAAGCAGAAGUGAAGUGUGCAAAAAGGAAUACACAGUAGAUUAUUGGAAGAGAGUUGAAGACAGCAGAAGAGCCACUAUCCGCUGUCGUAUGAGUAUAGAAGCGUUGUCAUCAUCGUCGCGGCCGUCUUUUAUCAGUACCUACUCUACCAUCACCAUUACGGUCAGCUCUCCUCUCCUCAAUCAACUCAGCACUGCAUACGAGUUUCCGAGCAAUCGCCUACGGUGUUAAUCCGCUAGUUGUGUGCUGCCCAAGAAACGAUCCUGAACUCAUUCGGUGAACCGAGCCGUCGAAUAACCGUCGCUAAGUGAAAAAUACGCGAGCGUGCGAAGCUGAAAACUGUGAUAAAUCAUUCGUUCUAAAGGGAAAAUUCAGUGUCUACGUGAAGUCAAACAACUGCUUUCUCAAGCUCGAAAAAAUAGUGAUAGUGUGUUGUUCACAGACCAUCGAUAAGGUGUCAUAAAACCCAAGAAGAAAAAACAAUCUAGUCCAACAUAGUGUUCUGUGUGACAAACCGGUGAAACAGAUUGUGCAAGAAGAAACGCCACGAGACUACAAUUAACGACUGUCAAUCAAAACAGCCCAAAGAAUACCAGAAGAAGUUCAACUGAUAGUGUGUAGUGUAAAUUGAUGUGCAUACAAUAGAAUAAGAAAUACCAACAGUAAUUCAGCCACUUGAUAACGAAGAACCGGAGAAACUUCCAAACCGCCGAAGAAUCCAUCUAAACGUGAAGAAAAUAUUUGUGUCCCGACGAGUUUUUGUGAACCGCGCAGCUCCCCCAAUAAGGUGCCAAUUAUCUGGGCAAACCUCCGACAAUAUCAUUAAACGUGAACCGGCAUCACCGCCAUCGACGUCGACGUCGCCUGCAAUCUACACCGCUGCUCCCCCUUGGGCUGACUUUGUUUUGAUAGUGUGCAAAACUUGUUGUCCCACUCCGAUCACUGCCGUUGCCGCCGAACAGCGCCAGCGCCACCGGCUUACCGCCACAAUACAACAAUAAGUUCUCAACCUAAUUGAGCCGAGUGCUCAACAACAGCAGCAGCAACCCAGAGACCCGGGACGGAAUAGCGCACUCGAAUAGGCGGUCACCAAUAAAAUAUUGUUAAAAACAGCCCACCGAUUUCAGUGCGUUUUUCACGCUCCUUCAAGUUACACGGCGAGGAGUGUCGGCUUUCGGGAAGUGAUAUUUUAUUUUUAUGACACCGCGGGUUCGAACCAGGCAAAAAAGUGUGGAUGCGCGUGUGUUUUGACGGGCUGUGCUUCGCGUCACGGCGCCCGGCGGCCGUAGAGCAGGAGACGCAGACGGUCUUGUGCGGCGCAACCGCACUCGAUACUCAGCAUCUCGUGCGUCUGCUGAAGUACGCGAACUUCGCGGCGCCGACCAACGGACUCGGUAUCGCUUUCGGUUCUCCGUCGCCCCAGUCCCGGUCCCUGCCCUCGCCCCGUUCUGAUCCUCCUUCAUCCCUCACCACCCAUAAUCCACCGUCGGGCGCGUCGUUGUUGUCGUCGGUGUCGACGCCGACGUUGCCGUCGUCAGUAGCUUCUCACGGUUCCGCGGGAAAAGAUCUAACCGUUUCGUCGUCAUUGCAACUUGUCGCGUCAAACGCCGUCGCUGGCACGAUGAAUGAAAACAGUGGUGAGCUAGGCGCGGCGUCCAUCGAUCAUCAACCAUCCCAGAACGACACCUCCAACAACAACCUGGAUGCUUCUUCGAACGUGGCCGCCGCAGUCAACAACGUCAAACAGAUGGUCGUGCUGCAGGGUGACCUUCAGCAGAACCUCUACAUCAACGAUCCGGCCAGUUUAAACCUCACGCCCCGGGAGCAAGAAUUGCUGAAAGUGAUACAGGAACGGGACAUCCGGAUUCGGGAGCUAGAGGAUUGUCUAAGGCACAAGCAUGAUGAAGUGGCCGAGCUGCGAAGCCACCUGGACAAAUUCCAGAGUGUGUUCCGAUCGAGUGGUGGUGCCGGUGGUGUGUCUCCUGGUGGACGGAAAAUGGGUGCCCAUGGUGGUGUGCAACGACAGCGUGCCCAGGGUAUUUCCGCCGAACCACAGCGGGACAUUUCGGUGCUGGAGCUGAUGCACGUGGCGUUCCAGAAGUACGACAAGGACGACAGAUCCCGCGAAAUCAUCAAAUCCGCCAUCCUGGACAAUGACUUCAUGAAGAACCUCGAGAUGACGCAGAUCCGCGAGAUCGUGGACUGCAUGUACCCGGUCCAGUACGGCGCUGGCAGUCUCAUCAUCAAGGAGGGCGAUGUCGGCAGCAUAGUCUACGUAAUGGAAGAGGGUCGCGUCGAGGUGUCCCGCGAAGGCAAAUACCUCUCGACGCUGUCCGGCGCCAAGGUGCUCGGCGAGUUGGCCAUCCUCUACCAUUGCCAGCGGACGGCGACCAUCACCGCGGCCACCGACUGCAAGCUGUGGGCCGUCGAGCGACAAUGCUUCCAAACCAUCAUGAUGCGCACCGGUCUGAUCCGGCAGGCCGAGUACUCCGAUUUCCUCAAGAGCGUUCCAAUCUUCAAAAACCUCCCGGAGGACACCCUCGGCAAAAUUUCGGACGUGCUGGAAGAGUGCUACUACCAGAAGGGCGACUACAUUAUCCGCCAGGGGGCACGUGGCGACACCUUCUUCAUCAUCUCCAAGGGUCAGGUGCGCGUGACGAUCCGACAGCCGGACACCCAGGAGGAAAAGUUCAUCCGCACCCUUGGCAAGGGCGACUUCUUCGGCGAGAAAGCACUGCAAGGGGAUGAUUUGCGAACGGCCAACAUCAUUUGCGACUCGCCCGAAGGGGUCACCUGUUUGGUCAUCGAUCGCGACACGUUCAACCAGCUGAUCUCCAAUCUGGAUGAAAUUAGGAACCGCUACAACGACGACGCCGUCAGUGAAAAGAAGAAGAUCUACGAGGAGUUCCGGGAUGUUCGACUAUCGGAUCUACGCGUGAUCGCCACGCUCGGCGUGGGAGGUUUUGGACGCGUUGAGCUGGUGCAGUUAGCCCAGGACAAGGCACGAUCGUUUGCCCUGAAGCAGAUGAAGAAGUCGCAGAUCGUCGAGACCCGUCAGCAGCAGCACAUCAUGUCCGAAAAGGAGAUCAUGAGCGAGGCCAACUCGGACUUCAUCGUGAAACUAUUCAAGACGUUCAAGGAUCGUAAGUAUCUGUACAUGCUGAUGGAGAGCUGCCUGGGCGGUGAACUGUGGACGAUUCUGCGCGAUCGUGGACACUUCGAUGAUGGAACGACACGGUUCUACACGGCUUGUGUGGUGGAGGCGUUCGAUUAUCUGCACUCGCGUAACAUCAUCUAUCGGGAUUUGAAACCGGAGAACCUUCUGUUGGACGUAUCUGGCUACGUGAAACUGGUCGAUUUCGGUUUCGCCAAGAAGCUUCAAUCAGGACGUAAAACCUGGACAUUCUGUGGAACCCCGGAGUACGUAGCACCGGAAGUGAUCCUCAACAGGGGUCAUGACAUCAGUGCGGACUAUUGGUCACUAGGCGUGUUAAUGUUUGAACUUUUAACCGGUACUCCUCCCUUCACCGGAGCCGAUCCAAUGCGCACCUAUAACAUCAUUCUAAAGGGAAUUGACGCUAUCGAGUUCCCCCGGAACAUCACCCGCAAUGCCAGUGCCCUCAUCAAGAAACUGUGCCGCGACAAUCCAACGGAACGAUUGGGAUACCAACGAGGUGGCAUUAGCGAAAUUCAGAAACACAAAUGGUUCGAUGGAUUCUACUGGGAAGGUCUACGGAAUCGCAGCCUACCGCCGCCGAUUCUGCCCAAGGUUCAGAGCGUAGUCGAUACCGCCAACUUCGACGAUUACCCAGCCGACCCGGACGGUCCGCCACCAGAUGAUCUUUCCGGAUGGGACGAAGACUUCUAGAUUAUCGGGCCCCUAUUCUUCAACUCCUUUCAUUCUUCAUGUUUCUUCGUUAGGACAGAUCAAAUUCGGCUUGCCCUCUUUCAUCAACCAAACCCCGAAAAAAAAAGAAACCAAGACCGAGACAAGCCUUAUUAUGUGACUAUGUUAGUAGAUUUUAGCACAUUCGUUCGUAUGCUAGUAUGUGGAAUUUGUCGUGUUGAUUCGAAUAUUACCAUCAAGCCCAACAACUAUAGUAGAUGUAUGUACUACGACCUGCAACCACAACGGUAGGAAAGAUUCUUCGAGCCAUAAAUUCAAAUUGUGUACACGUGCAAAAUGCGGAGGGAAAUGUUCUGCUUAUAGAAGUAACCCAGCUGAUUGACAACGAAAACGAUUGGAGGUUGCGUGAGAGAUAGAUUACUGGAAUGUGUCUUCCUAAUCAUAAUUUAACCUGUAAACCAUUUUUAUAAGAACUAUUUAUCCUCCUGAAAAGAAAAAGAGAACAUUUAUCCGUGCUAUAUUUUUAAUGUGUUAAACUUCCAACUUUUGAAAAUAAAUAAAACCAGAGCCUUUCGCGCACAAAAUAUCUAACAUCCGACAAUAAACUUACAAACAGCGAUGGCGCGCUGCUCAAUCGUAGCUAUUCGUUUGACCUUUAUGUCAUACAAUACUUCUCUUGCCUUACGUAAAACGUUGAUUUCUUCUUGUCUUUUCCAUUGUUAUAAAGUAAUUUGAUUUCUGUUUUUGUAUAAAAUGUACAUAAAACCCAUUUUUAUUAGAGUCAAACUGGAACGAAUCAAAGAAAACAAGUGGAUGGCCGAAUACAAUUUAUUAACUUUUAUUGUUUUAUUUGUUUUUCAAAUUCUGGUUAUAAAUCAGAGAUGUCAAGAUGGUAACAAUUAAAACACACCAACACUUAAA